AUGUCUACCGUGGAAGAGUUACAAAAGAGAGUGAAGGAGCUAGAAGCCCAACUAGCCUCUGUCCAGGGCAAUGCGAGCCCAGCACGCCAGAAAAUUGAUGUCAUGUCGUCCGAAGUUGUGGAUUCUAAUCCAUACAGUCGUCUGAUGGCUCUGAAGCGAAUGGGCAUUGUUAACAACUAUGAGAAGAUCCGUGAGAUGUCAGUUGCUGUGGUGGGUGUUGGAGGUGUUGGUAGUGUUACUGCUGAGAUGCUAACCAGGUGUGGGAUCGGAAAGUUGAUCCUGUUUGAUUACGACAAAGUUGAGUUGGCAAACAUGAACCGACUGUUCUUCCAGCCGCACCAGGCCGGCCUCAGCAAGGUGGAUGCAGCAGCCUCUACUCUGCAGAAUAUCAACCCUGAUGUAGCUAUCGAUGCCUACAAUUAUAAUAUCACUACAGUUGAGAACUUCCAGAAGUUCUGUGAUACUAUCAAGACUGGCAGUUUGACCGGCGGUCCAGUAGACAUAGUACUGAGCUGUGUAGACAACUUCGAAGCUCGCAUGGCAAUCAACACAGCCUGCAAUGAACUCAACCAGAAGUGGUUUGAGUCUGGCGUCAGUGAGAAUGCAGUGUCUGGUCACAUACAGUUCAUUGUGCCAGGCCAGACUGCUUGUUUUGCUUGCGCACCACCUUUAGUUGUUGCAUCGAAAAUCGAUGAGAAGACGUUGAAGAGGGAGGGAGUAUGUGCGGCCAGUCUGCCAACUACCAUGGGUAUAGUGGCAGGAUUCCUAGUUCAAAACACAUUGAAAUACUUGCUGGAGUUUGGCACAGUCACCCAUUACCUGGGAUAUAGUGCAUUAACAGAUUUCUUCCCUAUAAUGGCAUUAAAGCCAAAUCCUCAAUGCGACGACAUGUAUUGCCGUCUGCGUCGCGAGGAACAUAAUAUAAAGCCUGUAGUGGAGGUAGCCACCGAGGUCACUGAAGACCUAGCACCAGUGCAUACUGAUAAUGAAUGGGGAAUCAGUUUGGUGGAUGAAAACACACCAGAGGAUGAUGACUGCUCACACCUCAAAUUAGUAGAAGGAGUUCAGGUGGCCUAUAGUGUUCCCGUAGAUAAUAGUACCCCGGAAUCAAGUACUGGUGGUGCCGUGGCUGCCUCUGAGCUCUCUCUCGAAGAACUGAUGCAGCAGAUGAAGUCCAUGUAA